UGGGAGGGGAGAUCGGCCUAAUGAGAAGUGAUGAUGGAUGGCUAAUUAGCAGACACAGCAACGAUGAGAAUGGAGAUGGAGACAGCAACAAGACCUCCGAGUCAUAAAGAAAUGGAGAGGGAGUGAUGAUGAAGAUGAUGGAGAUGGAGAUGAAGAUGAUGGAGAUGAAGAUGAAGAUGGAGAUGGAGUUGGAGAUGGAGAUGGCGGAGAUGGCGGAGAUGGCGGAGAUGGCGGAUGGGGGAGAUGGAGGAGAUGGGGGAGAUGGAGGAGAUGGGAGACGGGAGACGGGAGAUAGAGACAGAGAUGGGAGGGAUAGAGAUGGGAGUGAUGGAGGGAGAUGGGGACGGAGUGAUGGAGGGAGAUGAAGACCUCCACCUCAAGAGAGUGCAGGCAACAGGAAGGCCAAUGCUAUGGCGACGUGCCUCCGAUCAUGACCACGAUGGAGGUAUAGAGAUGGUGGGGUGAAGAUGGACUGAUGGAGAGAGAGAUGGAGGAGAAUGACGCAGGAAGAAGAUCGAGAUGGAGGCCGCGAUGGAGGUUGAGACGAGAAGUUGAAAUGGAGUGAUCAGAGAGAUCAGGAAUAACGACGAAGGAAGAAGACGGCGAUGGUGGCCACCAAGUCCAGGUGAAAAUGGAGUGAUGAGAGAGAUCGAGAAUAAUGACGACGAAACAAGACAGACAUGCAGAUGGAGAUAUGGAGAUCGAGAGGGAGAUGGAGAUGGAGAUGGAGAUGAGAAACGGGAGGUGCAAAUGGACCAACGAGCGAGAUGGAGGAAACUCACACGAGAAGAACGAUGGAGAUGAAGGGCCCCGCGUCCACAGAGGCAAAUUGCACUUCUGCCCCCGCGUCCGCAGAGUUCACCCACGAGUUACCCGUCUACUGUGAGAACCGACGGUAGGCAACAAAACAUCCCACCUCGC